CAAGGCCCAAAAUGAUAUUUUCACCUUAUAUGAAGAUUUUUCAACUGAAAAAUAUUCAGAAUGUUCAAAAAAAAUUUUUUAAUUGUAUUUGUGUCCAAAAAAAAAUGUCAGUGAUAUCAGCAAUAUGUUUAUUGAAAUUAAAUACCAUCAUUAUAUUUUACGAACAAUGAACGCUCUCUUUGUUUACAAAAUGGAGAAUAAGCAACAAGGAAAUGACAGAAAAAAUUACAUUUAUAUUUAAGCCUAGUCCCUUUGGUUUAAUCGUAAUGUUUUGUUUUUCACAAUGAAAUCGUCAAUAGUGACGACAGAUAGAUUCUUUUUUCCGUGAUAUAGGUGAAUGAAAAAUAAUGUCGAAAUUCGACAAGCAAUUAAAAUCAAGAAAACCAAAUUACCCUUUUACUAUUACUCAAACUUCGUUUACCGGUACUUCACAAAUGGAUGAUAAUUACGAUCAUGACUCAGUGAGCACAUCUAUGAUUAAUAACCAUACAGCCACCUUAUUGAAACUGGACAAAGAACUAAAGGAAUUAAGAAGUGAAAAUAGAUCACUAAAGAUACUAUUAUUAGAUGAAAGAUCUAUGUUGGAACAGAUAUUAAAUGAAAAUAAAAGUGAAAAAUUUGAUGAAAGAAGAAUUAAUUUGUUAAAAUUUCAAAUUAUUCAUCUUGAAAGACAGACAUUACUAUUAACAGAAGCUUUAGGAACAAGAUCUGAAAAUAUUAUGACUGUAGAAAAUACAUUGAGAUGGUUAGCUGAUCAACUGAGGGUGUAUAUUACAGCUGAUGUAAAGGGUAUUAAUGUACCAGUUUCUAGAGCUGAACUCAUGGCAAUGGUAGAAAAAGUGGAGUCUUCUAGAAUUAAAUUAGCUAAAGGAAUAGAGAACAAUAGUAAAGAAAGUCUAGCAAAGUCCACGCUAUAUUAUAAUAGUUUUAUAAAGAAAAAGAAUCAAAAAGAUUUAACAUUAUAUGAUAUAGCAGUAGGUCAGUCAUCUCAUCUUAAUUUAAAAAGUGUUGCUCAAUUGGAAUCCAAACUAAGUGUCUUAUACAAAGAACUGGUCACGUUAAAAGAAUCUCUAGAUUAUAUCACACCUAAACAUAUAGACUCUGGUCACAUGACUGGUGUCUUGAAAGAAAGAUUGAAAGGAAAUUUGACCAAAUCUUGUAUGAUGUGUAAAGAUUGUAGUGAAGAUUUGUUACAUUUAUCAUUGCUAUAUCCCUCUGCACCUUGGUCUGCUUUAAAAAGACCAGUUAUAAAAGAUAUCAGUGUAGAAUAUAUUAUAUCUACUUUACCAACAUUACCAAAAUCAAAAACUACAGAAAUACAUCAACAUAUAGAGAGUUUAGUUAAACUGUAUAAUUAUAGACAAAUUAUGCUGGAACGAGAGGUGAAAGCAUUGAGAGAAGAAGUAAAAUUUCAUCAAACUAUUUAUACUACACAGUUAAACUAUAUAGAGUCUUUAUUUACUGCUGUCAAAGAUGGUUAUAUGAGUUUUGAAAAUUCAGUUCAUAAUAUUGUUGUAGAACCACUGAAAGAAAUAUUAAGGAAUUAUGUUAAUUUAAAGACUACUGGUUCAGAGUCUGGUUUAAGAGAUUUCCUAUCAUCGUUUAAAACAAAUGAACAUAAGUUAGAAACAGUUGUAAAGAAGUUAGAAUUAUUACCAGAAACUUCCUCUAAUAAUAGCCUGGAAGCUCUAUCAUCUUAUGGAGAGGAAUUUUUCUAUUUAAUGGAUACACUGGUGACUGAACAGCAAGAAAAGAGAGACCGAACUCUGACAUCAAAACAAGAGAUAAAAGAAAUGGUGGAUCAACAAGAAGCAGAAACUAGGCAGCUAUUAGAAAAUUCAGAAGAAAAAAAGAUUUUCCUCAAACAAUCAAAAGAAUUGGAAAAUUUUCAGAAAGAGUUAUUGUUAGAGAAAAAUGCAUCUAAACUUGGUAAAAGUAACUCGGAAACUUCAUUAGUAAGCAGUGUUUCAAAUUUAGAUAAUACUUUAGAUACUUCACUAGAAUCUCAUAUGAAUUCAUCACAAGGAUUCCAAACUAACUCCAUAAACCCAGCCACCCAGAAGAACAUAGCUGGAAAAGCAAAACGACAUUCUAUUUCUAAUAUGGACAAACCACCUUCUGGUAGAGAAGGUCAUCGACUUUUAUCUACAGUGCUACCUAAUGUUUCUAAACAAUCGAGAAAUUAUGAAGCUAACUUAGUUGUACCCAAUAGAACUUUGCAACUAAGACGUUCCAACAGUUCACCAAAGAUAAAUGUGGGAAAUAAUGAUACAUCAUCUGGUGCUGAAGAUAGGUCUGCUCUCCCACAAACUAAGAAAUUUACAGCUUCAAGUACAUUGAAAUGCAAAAAUAAAAAAAUUCCCUUCUACUAA